AUGAGCUGGUCAGCAACAAGCUCUGCUCUUGAAGAAAUAAUCGAGUAUGUCGAAGAGCUCACUACUCUAACAAGAUUAUUAAUUGGAGUUAACAACUUUCGAUAUGGGUUUUUAAGCCGAUCUUUAAAUGAAGAAACCAUUGGGCCUAGUCCUGAUGAAGCUAGAACUGAUCGUGAAACACCCGAGGAUAUCGCGAUAGAGGCAUCCCAAUCGGAUAGUAAUGAAAAUGAGGAUAAGUUGACCAAUAUUUAUCGAAUACCAGCGAAUCUUCGCCGACGGAAGUUUUCUGCAUUUGAAACUCUUUCGCAACACAACGAGCUACAGCAGCAGGCCAACUUACCGAGUUCUACUUACGAUCUUACCCGCACGCUAUCCCAAAUAGAACGUGAAUAUGUAAACCCAUCAGAUGACACGAAUAUGGCACGACUAGGGAGAUAUGCCAGUCAGGGGAGCGAACCGGAGGAAGAUCUUCCAAUGUCUUUGCAGAGGAUAGUGACAGGUCGUUAUCGUACUGGCCGCCGUGGUAACAUAUUCUCUUAA